UUGAAAAGAAAAAAAAAAAAAAAAAAAAAGGGAAAACAAGCGGUACCUAUCUGAGAGGCAUUGCGGCAGAUUACCCAGAAAACAAAAGGAGAAUCAAACGAAGACGAAGUUAAAAGAUGGAAAUCUGAGCAAAAAUUCCAAGAAAUAACGAAAGUAAUAGUUGUACUGCAUAAGGCUUUGAAAUGGGGGAUGACAAGGAAUUGACGCCGUCAAAGUAUGACAUGAACGCAAAAUGGGACGCCUGCAUCGAUCUCACUCUCCGCCGCUUCGUUUAUUCAUCCUUGGCUGGCGCUUUUGGUGGCCUCCUUUUCUUUAGGAGUCCAGUGACUCGAUGGGCAUCUGUAGCUUUUGGUGCUGGGAUUGGGAUUGGAUCUGCAUACACUGAUUGUUCUAGUCUUUUUGGUGGAUAUUCUCCGAAGUUGGCUCCUCCUAAGCUUGAUGAUGCUCCUGCACCCAAGGAGCAAGUGGAGUGAGUUGAUGUUGUUGAAGUUCCUCUAAGAUUAUAUGUUGGUGGGUAAACAAUUAACUUGUUGCACCAAAAGUUUGUUAUGAAUCACAUUAUCUUUUAUUAUGUAAUCUAUCAAAUGAGUAAACACAAUUUGAAGCGGAAAAAUAAAAACAAAUACUUCCGUUGCA